AUGAUGGUACAGACGAAAGUUGCAACAGUCUCACGCGGGCCGCCGUCCAAUUAUCCAACAUUCGCGUCUCAAAGGGGACUUGACUGCUGCCACCAUCUUCUUAAUCCCACUCUUUCUACUGCCAUGGCCCUUAGCGCCUUCAAAACCAUUCCGCUCCCUAUUUCACAACUCUCCUUAGCAGCUGUCCUCAAGUGUGGUCAAUCCUUUCGCUGGACGACUCUCACACCUGCCCACGACGACUCGGGCCCGUCUUCCACUGGCACAGAGCCCUCUCCGACAGCGGUAGAAUACCGCAUAUGUCUAAAGGACCGCGUCAUAUGUCUGCGACAGUCGCCUGACACGCUUUACUGUCGCACUAUAUACCCAGACCCUCAACCGCCUUCCAGCACUGUCCAUAAAGUUGACGCUGAGACUCUUGAAUGGCUCAAAGACUACUUCCAAUUGAAAAUCGACCUCGUUUCCCUUUACAAAGAAUGGGCAGAAAAAGAUCCAGUCUUUGCCAGAUUUCAAGACAGGUUUGAGGGUAUCAGAAUCCUUCGUCAGGACCCAUGGGAGAACCUUGUCUCGUUCAUUUGCUCGUCUAACAAUAAUAUUUCUCGCAUAACGAAGAUGGUCCAGAAUCUCUGCGCACAUUAUUCGCCUCCACUACUCUCAGACCCGCAUCCUUUCAUUCCUGGAGAAAUGUUAACUUACCAUCCAUUCCCACCGCCUUCGGCCUUGGCCCCGUCUGGAGUGGGCUUGCGCCUGCGUUCUCUUGGCUUUGGCUACCGCGCCGAUUACAUUCAGCGUACGGCACAGAUGCUUGUGGAUGAGCAUGGCAGUGGACCGCCUAAGUCUGCUUCUCUUCGUGAUACUGCAGAAGCCUCUGAGUUCUGGCUACGACAACUAAGGAAAAUGAAGACGGACGACGCUCGGGACGAGCUCCUCAAGUUCGUUGGUAUCGGCAGAAAAGUCGCGGAUUGUAUCCUCCUGAUGAGUCUGGAUAAGAAAGAAGUUGUUCCAGUCGACACUCAUGUCUAUCAGAUUGCCGUGAAACAUUAUGGUUUGAAAAGUGCAACGGGUGGUAAACCCAAUAUGACGCCCAAACUAUAUGAACAAGUAAAUGCGAAAUUCUUCUCGAUAUGGGGCGAUUACGCCGGCUGGGCACACACUGUGUUAUUCACUGCCGACCUAAAGUCCUUCUCCUCUUAUGGUCUCCCCACACCUCCCUCUGAGUCUUCAGCUGGGAAGUCGCUAAAGAAGUCAAAGAAAACAGCAGCGACUCUGGAUAUCGGCAUCCCCACUCCUCCCUUGACACCUGGUCCAUCGCGCCUGAAGCGAAGUCGUGAAUCAGACGAAUUUGAGGAAGAGGACCCCAUGUCGAUGUCAAUCUCACAGCUUUGUGAAGAGACUUCGGAUGCUCUGAGUCUUGCCGACCGAGUCAAGAAGAGAAGGCGUCAAUCUUACCAUCUUCGGCAAUGA